UUUGGGAGUGAGUGUUGAGCCAAGAUACAGAGAGGAGGGUAUUCACCUCCUGGACUGGGUUAUUUUCCUAUAGUUGGAGAAAGAUGGCUGCUCGGUUGCUGCUACUGGCUUGUGCUGCUGUUGUGUUACAUGCUGCCAAAGCCCAGGACUCUUACAACGGGCUGCCCGAUUCCUUUAAGACAGGAGUGGAUUUGGUUUCUGAGCAACUUACAUCGAGCAGUAAUGUAAAACUGCAUUUUCGCUUCUGGAAAACAGUGAACAAAUCACAGCAUGAGGCGGGAUUUCGUCAGAAAUUCCUCUACCACCAUUUCCACCUGAAACCCACCUGGUGUGCUAAAGGAAAAGGAGCGUCAAACUCCCAGAGUUGUGCCUUCAGGAAUGACAGACCUCUGAUGGAUUGUGCAGUUUGCUUCAAAAUGUCCCCAGAAGGGAUUGAAUACAAUCCCAUGCCAUAUGUUCACUGCAUCCAGAGACCAAGACUCACAAAAGAGAUGAUCACUGAACGGACACAACAGUGCAAAAAAGUGAACUACAACACAGGAGGAGCAACCCUUUUGGGCUUGUCUACGGGCUGAAAAGACAGUUCUUAAUAUUAAUCAAGCAGCAAGAGGUCCAGCUAAUUCUUCACUUUAUCUGCCUUUUCUUUUCUAUUAAUGUCACUUUUUCCAAGCACAACUGAGUGUAUUCAAAUAAAAUCUGUGCUUUUGACGUAUUAUAUAACUGCAACAAUAAACUAGGUCACCGCCUGUA